ACAAAGGAUAAACUAGAGGUCCUUGUGUUUUACCUAAUUUUCCCUCGUUGGUCUUUGCUUUCUCCGCUGCUUUACACUGUUUCCCCCACUACUGGAACAGAACAACUGCUUCAAUUCUUCCGAAAAUCAGGGUUUAUUGUCUGCAAAUUCCAAGUUUCCAACGAUUACUCCAACGCUGCACCGUUGCUGAAAUCUAACGCCUGAUGUAACUGUAUUAGGGUUUCAAUUUGAAAUUCACUAUCUCAACUAGUUUCUCACAUCAAACACUCUAUACCCUUUCUACUAUUCUUUAAAACCUCAUAUAUACAUAUGGCUCUUCUGCAUUCUCCUACUUUCUGCUUCACUGGAGUUUCCACUACAAGUCAAGCUUCUAGAAGUUUCCCUGCCCCUACAAGAUGCACUGUGAAACCAGCACCUUUUCUAUCCCCCUCUCUGCCCUUCUUUCCUCGAUGCAAACUUCAAGGAAGAGCAUUGCCAAGCGACAAUGGGCCUUUGGAUAAGGAUGAAUCUUCACUUGUUGUAUGCUUUGGAGAAAUGCUCAUUGAUUUCGUUCCAACCACAAGUGGGCUGUCGUUAGCUGAAGCACCUGCAUUUAAAAAGGCUCCUGGUGGUGCUCCAGCUAAUGUUGCUGUUGGCAUUUCCCGUCUUGGUGGUUCCUCAGCUUUCAUUGGGAAGGUUGGUGAUGACGAAUUUGGCUACAUGCUUGCUGAUAUUUUGAAGGAGAACAACGUCAAUAAUGAUGGAAUGCGCUUUGAUCCAGGUGCUCGUACUGCUUUAGCAUUUGUAACACUGAGAAAGGAUGGAGAGCGUGAAUUUAUGUUCUAUCGUAACCCGAGUGCUGAUAUGUUGCUUCAAGAGGAUGAACUCGAUUUAGAGUUGAUCAGGAAGGCAAAAAUUUUUCAUUACGGCUCCAUAAGUCUGAUUACAGAGCCAUGCAAAUCAGCCCAUAUCGCAGCUACAAGAGCUGCGAAGGAUGCUGGUGUAAUCUUGUCCUAUGAUCCAAAUUUGAGGCUUCCACUGUGGCCAUCUGCGGGAAGUGCUAGAGAAGGAAUCCUUAGCAUAUGGGAAACUGCUGAUAUAAUUAAGAUAAGUGAAGAAGAGAUUUCGUUUUUGACACAUGGAGAAGAUCCUUAUGAUGAUAAUGUUGUUCGGAAGCUGUACCAUCCAAAUCUCAAGUUACUUCUCGUCACAGAAGGCCCAGAAGGUUGCCGAUAUUACACCAAGGAUUUCAGUGGGCGAGUUAAGGGUCUAAAGGUGGAUGCUGUAGACACCACUGGCGCUGGAGAUGCUUUUGUAGCUGGAAUAUUGUCACAGCUAGCAUCUAAUGUCUCACUGCUUCAGGAUGAGGACAAACUUCGAGAUGCCCUUUGUUUUGCUAAUGCUUGCGGUGCAUUGACUGUGAUGGAGAGAGGAGCAAUUCCAGCUUUGCCAACAAGAGAAGUUGUGUUGAAUUCCUUGCUCAAGUCAGUUUCAUAAUAUCAUCCGACCUAAUAAUCAGUUGUCAUUUAAAUGCUUGUGAAGUUGUGCCAUCAGUUCUCCUGCAUAAAUUUUUGUAGGGCAAAAACAUAUCAUUUAUUGAGUUUGUCUAGAAGAAGAGUGUUGACAGAAACCUGAAAACAGGUCCAAAAAAAAAGUUGGUAAUAAUUUAUGACGAAUAUGCUGAUGCUCAUAACCACAUUAUUAAUCACGUGUAAUAUCAGUGUUGAAUUCAUCAGGAUACUGCAUGCUUUCAUUCGCAAAUCUGAAUUGUUGUCUGUCAAUUGUGUUCGAUUCAUUGUCAUUUUGCUUGUCAUAUUCAGAUAUACUUUCGUUUCAUUCUGGAA